GUCAUGCCCAAUUCCAUCCACAAAAAAGUGACAUAACUGAUGCACAGACGUCCCAUACAAGCCAAGAGCCAAAGUCACCAAUCUCGGUUAGCUCUACAGGAACACUAGAUUUAGACCCCAAUGAGAAAAUUAACAUUUUUUCCCAAUCUGAAGUGGUAUCAUGUGACUGUUUUGGUGACCUUGUCGAAGAAGAACUCCGUACCACAUCCUUAAAUCAGGAAGAUUUCAAUUCUGAAAAUGAAAAUUCAAAUUCCGACACUGAAGAUUCAGUUACCGAAACUAUUAAAGAUUCAGUCUCCGUGUCUCAGAAAUCAAAUUGGAUCGAAUCUGUUGCAAGUCUAUCUUGUAUCAGCAGUUUAAUGUAUGGUUGUCAAGAAACGGUAAAUGAUGCAAGAACAUCAGACAUUCCUAAAAUCCUAAUGUUGAACAAUGGAUUGUAGAUGCACACGACACUAUCAAACAGGUACAAGAAAGCUGCGUUAGAUUUCUGAAAAACACUGACAGCUUACUUCAUCAAAUCCAAACGAAGAAACCCAAAGUUAACGACGCAAGCUCUUGUCAGGUGUCUGUAGAGCAUGAUCCAGGCUUACGCGGUGAGGUCUGCGGAGAAAACCAAAAGAAGUACCUGAUUGAACAUGGGCCUUUUCAGCCGAAGUUGUCUUGUUUCCCAGCCAAUCAAGAUAUAUCUCAGGGGAAACAGAAUCGUUUUUCGCCACGAUGGUAUAACGAGUACCCACACUUAGAAUACAGUAUCAAGAAAGAUGCUGUGUUUUGUUUCGUAUGCUCGCUAUUCCACGACACGCCCUCAAAAGAGAAGGCAGACCCAAGCUGGAUAAGUACGGGAGUAAGAAAAUGGCACAAUAUGAAGAGUGUUGGAAAGAACAAACAAGGAAAACUGGCUCAACACUUCUCGUCGCAAAGUCACAAGGCUUCUCUAGCAGCAUACUGUCACUAUUUUUUAAAGACGACGAAACAUGUGGACAUCCAACUGGAUAAAGCUAAAAGGGCCGCACAAAUCCAGGAAGCCGAAGACCUUGAAUACAACCGUAAAGUAAUCCACAUCCUUUUGGACAUUGCAAGAACACUUGCCCGGCAAGCUCUUCCAUUCAGGGGUGACAGUAAUGAAGAAGGCAACUUGUACCAGUUGGUCCUAUUGGUUAGUAGACAUGUCCCAAGUCUUCGUCGACCGGUGGAUAACUGACAAAAGGAUGAAUCCCUACCACGCCACCUAUUUGAGUCCUCAGUCGCAGAACGAGUUCAUCGCUUUGCUCGAAGCAGAACUGAGAGAAAAAGUUGUGGAAGAAGUAAAGAGUGCAGUGAUGUUUUCUGUGAUGGCAGACACAACUCCUGACGAAGAGCACACGGACAGACUUUCUGUUGUUCUUAGGUACGUUAACGACGCGGGAAAGCCAACCGAAAGGCUGCUUGAUGUAAGAGAGACUGUUGAUAAGACAGGUCUUGGUCAAGCGAAAGACAUCCUAUUUACGAUAGAGCAGUGUGGGGUGGAUUCCAACGACCUACGCUUUCAAUCAUACGACUUUGCAGCCGCCAUGUCUGGUGAGUUCAAUGGUGCUCAGCAGAAACUGUCCGAAAUUGUUGGUCGUGAUAUCCCAUACAUACCAUGCCAAGCACAUCGCUGUAACACUGUGAUCGAGCAUAGUUGCAACGCGAGUGUCAUCGUCCGUGAAAUGUUUGACAUACUCCAAGCACUUUUUGUUUUCUUCACAUCGAGUACAAAACAUUUUCAACCAUUGAAAGAGGAAAUAACCAAGGUUGAAAACUGUUUAAUGCUUAGAAACUUGUCCAAAACGCGAUGGAGUGCCAGAGCCGAGAGUAUCCAAGCCGUCUGGACAUCACUUGAUGUAAUCGUGGAUGUACUACAGCAGAUCACCAAAUAA